AACAUCUGGAUCGCCGCCUCCGAAGGCAAGACCGACAAAGUCCUCGCUUUCCUCGCCGCUGAUGCCACCCUCAAUCCCUCUGUCCCAGAUUUCUCGGGCUACACCCCGAUCCACGCCGCGGCAUCAUAUAACCAUGUUGAAUUAUUGAAGCAAUUACUAUCCAUACCCGGGGCUAACCCUAAUGCUGGAGACUCGGACGGCGAUACUCCGCUCUACGUCUGCGAAACGGUGGAAUGCGCACAACUGCUCCUCGAAGCCGGCGCAGACCCCUCAUGGCGCAACAAAGAUGGAAAAUCCGUCCUCGAACAUUUCGAGGAAGAAGGCGACGCACUCGCCGUAGCUGAUUACCUCUACUCCGUC